AGCGAGAGUUUGUGAGGUCUUCAGACGGUAAUAGAACGACAUAAUUAUCUUUAUCUAAGUAAGAGUUGUGGAUUUUUUCUAUUAGCCAAGAUGGGUACAUAUUACGUUUGAGAAUUUUGAAAAGAUUUUUAAUAUCAUAGCGGAGACCAAGGGUAGUGUUGUUAAUUUUGAAAGUUCUAUCGGUUACACAUUUUAUAAGACUUAUUUUAUAUGAAAACGAAAUAAAGCUGUAUAAAAAGUUGAUGUAUAAUCCAGUGAAGGUUUUUUUAUGAAAAACUGAUGUAAUUGUUGAACUGCUCGACUUACAUAGAGUUAUGUCCAAAAAAGAUAUUUUUUAGUUUUCUUCCUUUUCCAAAACUAUUAAUGAAUAAAAUGAAAUCAUUUUUAACAAUAGAAACCACGUGAAGUGGACAGUUGUUCAAUCAUGAUGUUUUAAAAUGGAGAUACAUUAAUGAAGCUAUGCAUAUAGUUCUAAUGAAUGACUAUGAUUCGAACACUGGUGAUUUCUUAUGUAAUGACUUCAUUCAUAUAAGUGUGUAUAAUUCAACUUUAUCUCCAAUAUAUAAUUGUUCUUGCAAAAUAUUUUCUGUUUCAAGCGGCAAUUUAGAUGAUGCUGUUGUAGGUUUUUGUCUACAUGUUUGCUUGUUAAAAAGUCUUCUCUCUGUUUUGGAUUCAAAGCCAGUUUUAAGUGAUACACAUUACAUUAAUGUUUCUGUAGUAAACAAAGGGCUCAAGUUUUCUUCUAUUUCAGUAAUUGAAUUACCGUCGCGACUUAAUGUCAAUAAGUUUUGGCAAACCAAUCUGUGGCAAUUGUAACUGUGUAUAAAGUUUCAGGUAGUAACAAGAGAGUCAUUCAAUGGCACAACUCAUUAUGUAUGAUUAAUGAGCUCUUAAAUACUUAACAAGUGAUUCUGAAGUUUGUUGUCAUCUAAUCAAAUUUAGAGAAUGCUGGGAUUUAAGUUCUAUUAGUGGCAACUUAAAUGAUGAUUUUGAUGAUUACAUUUUACCAAUGGAUGGUAUUGAACUUCCUGACCAAAAGUGGAUUGAUGUAUUUGAUGAAGUUACUGGUCUUUGGAAAUUUGGGAUAAAUAAUCCCAGUAAACAAAAAGUUGAUCAAGACCCAUUUUCACCACAAUUUUUUUUUUUAUUAUUAUUAUUUUAGUUCACCUCUUCAAGGCCGAGAAGGCCACUACAGACGAGGAGGCUACUUAUUUGUGGCUAUAACCCUCUCUCAACUCUAUAACUCCGAAGCACGAACCUUGACGAACAAGGCCGCUGCGCGGAGAAACAAGUUGAGCGCGGUACUUCCAGGGACGUGGUGGGGAUCGAACUCGGAACCACUCGUUUAUGAAGCGAGCGCUCUACCACUACACCACUACCGCAGUUAGUGGAACAACUAAAUAUACGAAGCAGAUGGAUACAUAAUCAAUCAGUUUAUCCAUUUUUGGAUGGCAUUUGUGAAUGUGUGGCUGGAUGGACUAACAAUACUUACCCAGAAGGAAGAUUUUUUCCCAAUGGAACAUCCAGUUUAUAUACUGACAGAGGUGUUAUAUUGUUACAGGUUUUUCUUCUACGUUGUGUCAAUUUGUCAUGUGUUAGGUUUUGGGACGGUGCAGAACAUUGUGUAUAUCGAUUGUCUUCAUCUACAUGUGCUGGUUAUGACAUUGGUUGGGACUUUGUUGAUUCAGUUCAAACCAGUGGUCAAACUUUUAGUGGUUUUGUUACCAAUAUGUCCAAUAGAUACAAGCGUAUGAAUAAUGCAGUAUCGUUUAUGUCUAAUUCUGUUUUUAUUGAUUGGUUUUUUGGAUGGGCUUCUCACAUGGGGAUUGACUUCCGAGAACAAUGUACAAUGUGCGGAAACAGCAAUCAUAUUUUAGCAUGUGAUGGAACAAAACUUGGCAUUGGCUUUAAACAAACAUUUGUAAAAGCUAUAGAAACUCCUGAGAUUGAUGAAGUUCCAGAAACAACAUUCCGUAGGUUUGAUCGUUGCUUCAUCCCUAACACUAAAGAGAAAGACCCUAAAGAUUUUGCACAUGCAAGGAAAGUUAUCCGUACUAUUUGUGAAAUAAUAAAGAAUUGUGAUGAUGUUGAUAAUGUAUCAUUUUUAGCAAGUUCUAUAGAUUUUUUUAUACCUCUCUUUGCUAAGGCUGCUUUCAACAGGAUGGUUAUUGGGAAAGAGUGUACUCUGCAAGAAAGAAGAGCAGAUUUCUUUUCGUUACUUGGAACUGAUGCAUCAAUGGACUCCUUAAUUCCAUUUAGAUUCUGUUCAGAUGUAUCAUCUUUUAUGAUGUUGGUGCUGGAAAAUACUGUUUCAAUUGAGGAGCUGAAUAGUUUUGUGCAUGAAUCAAAAUAUUAUUGCCCAGAAUUGUCAUGCCUUGUGUUUACUUCUUUUAAUAAUAUUUCUAAUAUAAAGCCAUGUUAUGAUGUAGCCAUGCUUGUUGACUAUAUUGCAAAAGCAAUAAUUAACAUCCAUACUUUCAAUGAACCUAGUGCAGAUGCAAACAUAAUUGAUAACUCGUAUAAUUCAGCAAAAUUUGGUCGCGCAUAUUACUUUACCCCACACGGAUGUCAAAUUCGAAGAAUGCGUCAUUUUACUAUAGAUAAAGAAGAUCAUAAAAAAUCUGUUUUUGAUGACCAUCCUGAUGUCAACUGUGAUAAACAAUUUGCUUCUGUUUCAAAGAAAGGAACAACUUAUGCUUUUUUUUGGUUCUGUCCUGUUCAUGGGCAUUGUUAUGGUUUUCAUGUAAUACCAGGUAGCGAAGGUCGAAAAGACCCUGCUGCAUCACUAUAUACCCAUUGUCCAGAAGCCCCAAAUGAUUUAUUUUAUGACUUUGCCUGCAAUUUGUCAGAAUAUUGCAUAUAUCGCAUAAAAAAUAUCGCAUAA